CUUCCAAUAUUCUGCUACAAUUUCCAAGAAGAUCUUCAAUUGUACACAAUCAUCGUCGAAAUUUCCCCGGCCCUUGUGUUGUUGACUUCCAGUGGCUGACGUGAAUCUUUUAGUCAUUUCAAAACUCAAAACCAAAUAAUUCGAAAUGGCUUUGCCUACAAAUGAGUCAUUUGCAUCUGUCAAGUCACAAGAGACUGAUUAUGGAUGUGACCAGGGCCUUCUUCAACGUGCACCAGUUACCACUAAUGUGCAUCCACUCGAAACCUCUGAAAGGACUUAUCGCCAAAGGCAAGAGGAACAUCAAAUGAACUUUGCUGUUAAAGCUUAUGGCCUUGGAUUUGGUUUACACCUAAAACAUCAGAGAGCUGCUGUUGGAUGUCCAUCGAUCGGUCACAUGGGAUGCUUGCCCCGUUCUAAUGCACUCAUCGAUGCCUUAACAGGCAGGGACCUUGAUUUGGAAUUUGAUGAUAUUCUUGGAAUGGACUCCAUGGCAGUGGCUAAUCCUCACUCAGUCAUGGAGAAUCAACAAAAGGCAAAACUUUUCAGAAGCUAAGGAAGGAGGGUUUUAUAUGCUAUACAUACCUUAAUCGUAAGGAAUGAUAUUUUAUUUCUUUGAAUUUUUUUAUAGCAUUGAUCAUUUUUUUCCCUGUACACUUUUGAAAUUGUAAGACUAAUGUUACCUGAUGUUGAACUUUGAGAUCCGGUUACGUCAAAAUAUCUUAAAAAUCUUUUAAACCCUGAGAGAGGUCAAUAUUAAUCACUGUAUGCUAGUGUUUCAGGAAAAUUGAUUAGCUGAAAUUUGUUUUUUUAUACAAUCAAGUAUUUAAUAACUCUAGGUCUAAUUUUGUCCAUUUAUAACUUGAUAAUUUUUUGUCUCUGUAACCAUUAUAAGAUACACUAAAUAAAAGAAAUACAUUU